AUGCCAGCCAAUCCAGAGAUAAUUCGGCUGACGACCAACCACAAGAAAUUGUCAGGGGGAGAGACAGUGGAACUGACCUGUAGAGCAACCUGCACUCACCUGACUGAGAGCAACAGCUUCAUCUGGUACAAGAAUGAGCAGCUUCUGACUGAGUACUACAGGUUCUACCAGUCCUAUAUAAAGUUCACUGCCAGAAAGUGGGUGACACAAACCUGUAAAAUCACCUGCACUGACCUGACUGGCAGCCAAACAUUCAUCUGGUACAAGAAUGGACAAUCUCCGUUUUACACCGCCCAGAAAUAUCAAUUUCAUAACUACCUUCAGUUCAAAGCCAGCAGUGGAGAUGCAGGCAGCUACUCCUGUGCAGUAAGAGGCCAUGAGAAUCUCCCGUCCCCAGCAGUGACUCUCUAUCCUCCUCAGAGCAUCUUAUUAUCAGUGAGCUCCUCUGGUGAAAUAGUGGAGGGCAGUUCAGUGACUCUGACCUGCAGCAGUGAUGCCAACCCCCCAGUGCACUACUACACCUGGUUUAAGAAUAACAGAGCUGUAUCCUCAGAGACAGGAGGACCAGAGGACAGUUACACCAUUAAAAACAUCACACUGCAGGAUGCAGGAGAAUACACCUGUCAGGCAGGGAAUGGGAUUGGGACAAACAGAUCUCCUCCUAAGCGUCUUGAUGUGCAGUUGCCAUCCUGGAGCAGAGUACAGUACUACUGCUUGGCUCAGAACACUCAUGGAGCUCAGACCUCUACUUCUGUGUCAGACAAUAUAAAAGCAGGAGAUAAGACAGUGCUUGUAUGGACAGUUGUUGGAAUCUCUGUGGCUUUUGCACUCUUUACUGUCAUGGUGUGCACAAGCAGGAAGAAGAGCACCAACAGAGAGAGACGGAGGAGCAGACGCUCUCUUACUAGCAGAGCCUUCAGAGAGUGACAAACGCAGCCAGCGACACAAACUCUGUGCUUCAGAGAGCUGACGAGGCCUCAGGGUGGGAUUAAAACACACAGAGGAGAGAAUCUGCAGAGAAUGAGAAAUGAUGGAGAUCAGGGUGAAAGAGUCUCUUUUUGUGUUUAACUUUACAGAACUGCUGUCUAUUUCUGCUAGCUUAUCCAAUUUAUAAAGGGCUGUUGGUGGAGGAUUUUUCCCAGAGUACUGUAGCCCUGCUGCAACAUGCAUGUUCAUGUAACCCUGCUGCAACAUGCAUGUUCAUGUAGCCCUGCUGCAACAUGCAUGUUCAUGUAACCCUGCUGCAACAUGCAUGUUCAUGUAGCCCUGCUGCAACAUGCAUGUUCCUGUAGCCCUGCUGCAACAUGCAUGUUCAUGUAACCCUGCUGCAACAUGCAUGUUCAUGUAACCCUGCUGCAACAUGCAUGUUCAUGUAGCCCUGCUGCAACAUGCAUGUCCAUGUAACCCUGCUGCAACAUGCAUGUUCAUGUAGCCCUGCUGCAACAUGCAUGUUCAUGUAACCCUGCUGCAACAUGCAUGUUCAUGUAACCCUGCUGCAUACAUGCUCCUGUGACACCGUUACACGUUUAUAUAACCCUGUUACACACACGCUCAUAACUCAUGUACAUGCACAUGUACUCUCUCACAUUGAAUGGGAAGAUUAUAAUGCAGGUUAAUGUAGAUUACAGUCUCCAAACUCAAGUCACUUUUAAAGGCAAGGUCCAAAAUCUUUUAAAACAGUGUUUUAGCUUUACAUUUUACAUUGCCUUAUUAAUGGUAUUCACCCCAUUUUUACUUUCUGUCUGUUUAGCUAUUUGAAAUAAUGCAUCUUUGUAUUUGUUUUCUUUACAUACAUUGUUUUAUUAUGUCUAUCAAUAUAUUAUGAUUUAUUUGAGCAUUGUAAAGCACUGUGAACCUUGAACCUCCAUAUGAAUUCCAUUUUAUUCA